CAGCUGCGAAGCCUCAUGUUUUCUCCAUGAUACCAAGAUCCAAUCAGACAUCACAAUAUGGAUUAUCGAAUUGUUCAAGGAUACUUCCUAUGAAAAAAUUAAGAAUGAAGUCCAUAUUAAUUUUAUGUGGUGGUGUCAUUUGCGUAUUAGUAUGGUUCAUUGGGUUUUCCAACUCUACAAAAACAGAUUUUACGAGCCUCCUCAAUGGUACAGGACAUAGUGAAAUAUACGAUGAAAUCACUGCCCUGAAGAAACGCAUCAGUCAGCUGGAAAAACAAAAUAAGAUUUAUCCAGAUGUGAAAUUCCUGAAUUAUAAAGAUAGAAAAAGGAUCUUGAUCUCAGGAGGUGCCGGUUUUGUUGGAUCUCACCUUGUGGACAGGUUAAUGUUAGAAGGUCACGAGGUCACGGUCGUAGACAACUUCUUCACCGGCAGGAAACGGAACGUGGAACACUGGAUUGGACACGAAAACUUCGAGUUAAUAAAUCAUGAUAUUGUGCAGACACUAUUUAUAGAAGUGGACCAGAUUUAUCACCUGGCCUCACCCGCUUCUCCCCCUAACUACAUGUACAACCCAGUCAAGACCAUCAAAACAAAUACCAUAGGGACCAACAACAUGUUGGGUUUAACUAAGAGGGUGAGAGGGAGGCUCCUAUUGGCCUCCACAUCUGAAGUAUACGGUGAUCCAGAAGUUCACCCCCAGCCAGAGGAAUACUGGGGACAUGUAAACCCCAUUGGUCCUAGAGCCUGCUAUGAUGAGGGAAAAAGAGUAGCUGAAACCAUGUGUUAUGCGUAUGCAAAACAGGAUGGAGUACAAGUAAGGGUGGCCAGAAUAUUUAAUACUUUUGGUCCCAGAAUGCACAUGAACGAUGGACGUGUGGUUUCUAACUUUAUCCUACAGGCUUUACAGGGACAGAAUAUUACAGUGUAUGGAUCAGGAGAACAGACUCGGUCCUUUCAGUAUGUCUCAGACCUGGUAGAUGGUCUCAUUAAGCUGAUGAAUUCUAAUUACUCCCAACCAAUCAACUUAGGAAAUCCUGAGGAACACACUAUCAUGGACUUUGCUACUAUCAUUAAAGAUCUAGUUGGUGGAUCCAGCCAGAUUGUCAAUAAGCCCGCUAUGCAAGAUGACCCACGAAAAAGAAAACCUGACAUAACUAAGGCAAAGAAGUAUUUGAAAUGGUCACCCCAGGUGCCAAUGAUUGAAGGAAUAAAGAAAACAAUAGAAUAUUUUAGAAAUGAAUUAAAGAGAACACGACACAGUGAAAGAAAUCUACAUUUUCCAAAUUAAGAUAUACAGGGAUAGAUGCAUAUAAAAGAAAGUGCCAGGAACGGAUGACUUUGCAAGUAACUUACAGACAUUCAGUUCCCAAAAAUUAAGGCCAUGGGAAAUGAAAAUCAUUUUGACUGGAGAGUCGUU